AUUUUCGGAAAUAAUUCUCAUGUUUGGAGGCAAAGGAGAUUCCUUCGAAUAAUUUUUGAAAAAGAAAUAAAAAUUAUUAACAAUAAGUACAUAAUAUUAAUUUAUAAUAAUAAUAAUGGACUUUCACCUCUGGCUUGCCUUAACCGGCCGGCCAGAGUGGAGUCGCUAGAGCUAAUGCUCCAGGGGUGUUAAAGAGCAUAACGCCGCGAGUAACUUCGGAGAAAGCGCAGCAUACCUCUCUUCACCCCUGAGCUGGCAGACGCCAAUGUUGCCCCUCAGUCCGGUCUAUACGACUCAUGACGCCAGGGGGGCCCAUUUAGUCGCUGGCUAGUCACCGCCUGCCAUUUUUUCAGUCAGAGACUAUGAACCAGGCAGGUUUCCCGUAGUCUCCAUCCAUAGCCCAGUAACCAGUCCCUCCAUCCUUCAUCCAUAACCCUAGUCCAUUCUUCAAUAACUGCAAUAGCUCCUGUGCACAGGCUGGGGAUGGUCUCUGGCUACAUCCCAUGAUAUAGUCAGAGACUAGAUCCAGCAUGUGCACCACUUUCACUUUUGUCGAUUAUUUUGCGUUUAAAACAGCCUCUACGUGUUGGAUCUGUAUCCCCACGCAAGCCUUAUAAAGGACCGGGCCACUUUUGACCCGUGAGCUCCAAAGCGUACAAAUAAUAAUAAUAAUAAAUACACUUUAUUGCACACCAAACAAAUAACAUAACGAAAAGAAAAGGAACAUAGUAAUUAACAUAGCACAGGUAAUACUAAAACUUCUUUAAAAUUAUGUGGCUAAUCUAAUUACAUUAUUUAUUUGCUUAGACCAAAAAAAUACUAACUUCAAAAAUAUACUUGCUUAAAAUAUUUGCCCUACCAUUGGCAACAUUUUCUCAGCUCAUGCUCUGUAUUAAAUGGCAAUGGUUUUUACCAUUGUACAUUGCACUUAAUACUUUUUCAGUCUAUUCAGGUUCAAAUGAUCGUAUCGUAAGAAGGAAGAUGGAAUCGGUCUAUAAAUUAAUGUAUUAAAACCGCAUUUAAUUAUAUUAUGCUGGAGAGCUAACGAACCCAUACCGGUUGUGGGUAUUUUUUUGCCUGUUUGAAUAUGAUUGGAGUUAUUAAAAUACUUUGGAAUCAGUUGUGUGAAGGCCACUACUAAACAUAGUAGAUGUUUUGUUAAAAUGGCAUAUAAAUAUAAAGGAAUCCUUCACCUUUUUUUGUGGACUUUAAGUGUUUGUGUUACCAGUUCGCAAGCAUAUAAAGGAAUCAGAGUGCAACGGCAAGCUCAGUAUUCUCAUUAUACGAGUAACAGAGGGUAUCAAACAUACGAUGAAGAUACGGAACAGUAUCGUCGUGCGAGACCUGGGGCACAAUUAUAUUAUUAUGAUGACACAAAUGCACAAUCAAGAGUACCAAGAAAUAGAGAACCACCGGACUACCAAAGAUCUCCUCAAAACUUAGACAAUCAGCCUUAUAAUGAUGCUUCAUCGUAUUAUACUAAUCCGUCAGAAAACUGGAGACCUCCAUCAAAUGAAGGCUAUCCACCUCCACCUCCACCUCCACCACCACUAGAUGGAAGACCACCACCAUAUGGGCAUCCUCCUCCACCACCACCAGAUAGGAGACCUCCUCCAUAUGGGCAUCCUCCACCACCACCGGAUGGAAGACCUCCACCAUAUGGACAUCCUCCUCCACCACCACCAGAUAGAAGAUCUUCAUCAUACGGUCAUCCUCCUCCACCACCACCAGACGGAAGACCUCCACCAUAUGGACAUCCUCCUCCACCACCACCAGAUAGAAGAUCUUCAUCAUACGGUCAUCCUCCUCCACCACCACUAGACGGAAGACCUCCUCCAUACGUUCAUUCUCCUCCACCACCUCCAGAUGGGAGACCUCCUCCAUACGGGCAUCCUCCUCCUCCUCCACCACCACCAGAUGGAAGAUCUUCAUCAUACGGUCAUCCUCCUCCACCACCACCAGACGGAAGACCUCCUCCAUACGGACAUCCCCCUCCGCCAUCACCAGACGGGAGGCCUCCACCAUAUGGCCAUCCUCCUCCACCACCACCAGAUGGAAGACCUCCUCCAUACGGACAUCCUCCUCCGCCACCACCAGACGGGAGACCUCCACCAUAUGGCCAUCCUCCUCCGCCACAGCCAGACGGAAGACCUCCUCCAUAUCGACAUCCUCCUACACCACCACCAGACGGAAGACCUCCUCCAUAUGGACAUCCUCCUCCACCACCACCAGACGGAAGACCUCCUCCAUACGGACAUCCUCCUCCGCCACCACCUGAUAGUAGACCUUCACCAUAUGGCUAUACUCCUCCACCACCACCACCAGAUGGAAGAUCUCCACAAUAUGGACAUCCUCCUCCGCCGCCACCAGAUGGGAGACCUCCACCAUAUGGGCAUCCUCCACCACCACCAGAUGGAAGACCACCACCAUACGGGCAUCCUCCUCCAUCACCCUCACCGGAUGGAAGAGCUCCACCGUAUGGCCAUCCUCCUCCACCGCCACCAGAUGGAAGACCUCCACCAUAUGGUCAUCCUCCUCCGCUAACACCAGAUGGAAGACCUCCACCGUAUGGGCAUCCUCCCCCUCCACCACCACCUGAUGGAAGACCUCCACUAAAUGGAGCGCCUCCACCUUACGGAGUAUCAAAUGAGCCUAAACAAUAUGAACCUCCAUUAUAUAGUGAUCCAACUCAAUCAAAUGAAAAAUCCGUAGAAUUUAGAAAACCGCCAUCGUUUCAGGAUUUAUCAAAUGACUCCAAUAGACCACCAAGACAAAGAGAAGGAUCUUCACAAUAUAAAGAGUCCCUAGGUAAGUCUGGACCUCCAACAAAAGGAGGUAAUCCACCAGAAGACCCAGACUCGGAAUCUAUCUUAUUCCGCAACUUAGAAGAUUUCUCUGAUAACAAAAGCCCCACUGGAAUUAUAACGAAAGGCAUAGAAGUUGCGAAAAGAAUAAGAGAAAAUUCUUCAAAAAGCGAACGAUUAAUCAUGAGCCAAGAUUAUCAAAACAUGGAACAACCAACUCAAACGUAUGAAAACGAAGAAAAUUAUGAAAAUGCCGAUCAAAAUAAUCAUCGUAUAAUUGGAAUAUAUCACUAUUACGGCAUGCCAUUGUUUCAGGCGCGUCCUGUUACUCCGGAAAUUUAAUACUACAUACUUUAGGUAGUUUGAAGGUUUUGCUAGUUACUAAAUUUAAAUACUCAUAAAAAGAGAUAGUUAAAACUUAUUUCGUUGUUUUUACUUCCAUUAAUAAGUAGGCACACUAUCACCUUACAAAGUAUUCGUGAAUAUCUUCAAGUAGAACCAAAAUAAACUUCAUUAAACUUAUUAGGAGUAAAUAAAUAUAAUUGAAUGUAAUAACAGUGCGCCAUCUGCUUAAGAAUAAUAAACUUAGAAAAGCUUUUUAUAUGGGUACAUUGUUAGACAACGGAUAUAGAGAUUCGUGUAAUACUCGUAGAGUGAAAAUAUAAGAGUCCUUCAUAUGCGUGUAUAAAUUCGCAAGUAAGUAAUCUAUUGGUUAUUUUUAUAUUUACUAUCGUGACGUAGUUUCCAUACUAUGUAGCUGGAUAAAUAUAAAUGGAUUUCGUCAUCUACUCAACUCUACCGUUUAUGUAUGACUGUAGUGUAUGUACUACGACUGUAGUAAAGUGAGAAAGAUUUUGAAUGAAUGAAAAUGAUACAAUGCCUCAACAUUUCAUUUGAUACUCAAUUCGAGAACCUUGACAUUCAACUGUAGUUGUCUGCGUGACUUUAUCCUACUUCCUACUAAUAUUAUAAAUGCGAAAGUUUGUAUGGAUGUUUGGAUGUCAAAAUGUUUGUUACUUUACAGUAUUAUUGUUUAUAACCCAGAAUAACAUACAGGCUAUAAUUUAUGACGAUCUGUGACAAACUAAAUUUCACGCGGGUAAAGCCGCGGGCAACACCUAAGUAGUUUGUAAUAAAAACUUAACGACUUUCGUAAACAAAUAAUUAAAGUUACUGUUUCUAUUUAUACAAACUAAGGGUGAGUUGCACCACCUAACUUUGACUGUAACUUUGAUGAUAACCGGUGUAUUUUGUAUAGAGUUUGACAGAUUUUUACAGAAAGUAAGAUGGUGCAACCCAGCCUAAAUUACAUAACGUUUAGUGCAAAAGACUGAAAAUAUUUAGAAUUUAAUGAGUUAUUCAUAGAUUAGUUCAGUUUUCAGUCAAGUUAGUAGCAAGAUAUACAAAGGCUAAGACUAUUGUUACAAAAUAAAUUCCUCAAUGAUACUGGAAGAGCAAGAAGUGUGAUUGUAUUUUACUAAUAAUGGUAUCAGGAGAAAACACAUAAUUAAUCAAUUUUACUUGUUUUUAUGUGAUGUUAAUACAGUAAGUAGUUAAAAUAAAAUGAUGGUAAUUCAAAA